UUAGGUUGCCAGGAGAAGGCAGUCAACAUCCAGGGCUCCACAAAUGACACACAACAGAGAUUUGCAGUUCAUAUCAUAUUUGAAUACAACCUAAACCUCUCAAGAGGUUAGAUUCUAAUGGAGGACAAAGUUUUUUUUCUGGGCCAAGCUGCAGCUCCUGUGUCUUGCUCUUCACAUAUACUAGGCUUGAAGUGGCAUGAACAAUCACAACUGCAACUUCCUCUGGUACAUAUCCAUCAUCGGAAACAGCUUCAGCUUCAGAAAGAGCUUGUUCAUGAAGCUAUUUCUGGCCUUACUUUCUCUAAAGAUGUUGUAAAGGCUAGGGCAAUUAGCAGUCUUUCUUAUGCUCAGAGCGACUUCCACGGUCUUUUCAAUGCUUCUGAGCUUUUUAAAUCUUCCUUCAAGAGUAAACACCAUAUAUCACCCAUUACUAAAGUUCCCACACAUGGUAACUCUAAUAUAUGGGCAAAAAGAAUUCCUGAAAAUGUUAUAAACGUGGGACAUGCUGAAAAGGAAACUGUUGAAAAGGAUUAUCUCUUCUCAAUACCUACUCAAACCUCUCAAGUGAAUAUUCUCAGUAAAACAGAUCCACUAAUCUCACCCAAAAAAGCCAAGUGUUCUGUUAAAACUGACCUGAAAAAAGCAGGAGCAUUGAAAAACUUCAGCAGUACAAAUGAAAUAAAGAAUAAUGCCCUUUCAGGAGCUUAUGUUGAUAGCCCUAAUAAGACAUAUUGGGAUGAAGCAAUUCUGACGCAACUGAGCAAGAUUACAGCUCAGUGGCUAGUGAGCCAACACACCCCAAUGUAUGGAGGACAGAAAACCAGACUUCAGAAGAUACUUAGGAGACGUUACAGCUCUGUUAAUGCCACUAACCUAAUCAGUGAUGAGCGCAUGAGUAUUUGGGAUUUCCGCACUUAUCUCAGUUCUAUCAAACGUGAUCCUGAAAGUCUAUCUGAAGAAAAAGUGAAGAAGGAAGAAACUCUCCUUCCAACAUACUACAGAGUUCCUGGAUAUUUUAAAGUAUUUGUCCGACCUGAUGAGCCUGGAAGUAAGAACACGACCUCAGAGAACUUAAUACUGAAACAUCAAGAGCCUUCAGCACCUCCACGUCUACAGGAUACCUUAAACCCAAGAAUUGGAAAAUAUGUUUACAACACAGAAAACCCCUUUGAACAGGAGCUGUACUCUGGUAUUACUAGACAAAUACACCAGCCAGAUUUCCUGAAACAAGAACGGAUUAUCAUGGCAAACUCUUCAGAAUACAGGAAGCAUCUCCAAGAGCAUUUACCUUGUCCCCCUGAGGAAUGGUGCAAAAUACCAUCUGUGGGAAAAUUAUCAAAAGCCACAGGACAAAUAAGGCCACAGAAAGGCAUGAGAAGAUGGAUGUCACUUCCUAGCCCAGCUGACUUUACUGCCAACAAAGAGUUAAUACCACAAGACUACAAUGGGCAGGAUGCAGCUCCCAGACAUCCUCUUCCUCCAUAUAGCCCCCACGAAGAACUUCGCCAUUUUCGCUACAUGGUGGAAGAGUGGCGUAAAGAUUGGAAGCUCAUGACUCGCUGGCAGGAAGUAACAAUUGAGGAACUAUGCAGAAACCUGAAGAGUGUUCAUGAAAGUGUCCGGCUCAAUGCUGUGGCCACAUGUGCUUCUGGUGUUGUCCAUCGACCCUGCAUUAGCCAAGAAGAUCUUGUGACAGCUCUUCAAAGUGGUGAUUAUGGAAGAGCCCCGGAUGUACAGGCUCUUCCCGAGGAGCUCCUGCCACUUCUCAGUGACGCCCUUCAGGAUUCCAGUGAACAAGUGAGAAUUGCAGCAGCAAUCUGCCAGUACACAUUGAAGACAGGCAACACGCAGGCCAGGAGUAUCAUGCUUGAAGCACUAGGAAAAGGUUCACAUACAAACAGUUGGGCAUCAGCCCAGUGCCUGGCCCUGGAGGGUGACACAAGUCUAGCAGUUGUACAAAGGCUUCUGGAUCAGCUCUUAACGACUGAGGCAGACGGUGAUCUCAAGCAAGCUAUGGAGCUGCUGGCAGCACUCAGCAAUACCACAAGUACUGUGCGCUGCUUGCUAGCUGAGACCCUGAAUAGCGAAAACUGGAGGAACAGAAUCUUGGCCUGUAAUACUCUGCCCAGUUUGCAGGGGCCAGUCAACAAGGAUUUGACUAAAAAGCUCAUGUUCUUGAUGUGGAAUGACUGGAAUGCUGAUGUGCGACAGGCAGCUGCACAAGCCCUGGGAAGAUUUGGUUUGGGAAAAGAGGUACACGAUGAGGUCAGGGUGAAGCUGCAGGAGGCCUCCCCAUCCUGGAGAGUAGCAGCACUCUCUCUAGUGGCUCAACUUGGUAUCAUGACAGCCAAACUUCUUCCCGAGUUCCUACGCUGCUUUAGCGAUGAUUACGGCAUUGUGCGCCAGCAGGCAUGCCUAACUGCCGCCACUCUUUGCAUAAAAGAUGAGAUGGUUUUACAGCAGCUAGUUGGGUUAAUGCAGAAUGACCCAGUGGGAAAGAUCAAAGCAUGUGCUAUUAAUGCUCUGGGUAAAACUGGUAGCCUGUCUUCUGGCUUGCAGGAUCUUCUUCUGUGGGCAGCUCGUAAUGAAGAAGAGCCAAUCGUUCGCCUUGCAGCUUAUGAUGCUAUUGUGGCUUUAGGUGUGAAUGGAAUGGACCUCCAGAACCUGCUACAUGAACGCCUCAGCCUAGAGCCACAUCCAGUCAUCAGAAGAAAAAUUGGUGAAGUUAUGAAUAAGCUUUGUGUCCAGCCCCAGGGAGACAACGACACAGUCCAGAAGAUUAAGCAGCAGGUCCAUAAGCUGUGCAACAAAGACAUCAUCUUACAAAAGCUUCUUAAGAUGGAGGCCCACGAAAAGCGACUCUUUCCAGAAUCCUUAAGACAUGACCAAUCCAGCACCCUAUCAGAAUACAGAGAUUUAGCCACUCUUCUUGAGGCUAGCACUCCAGGCUAUGAAUCAUCAGAAUUACAGUCUAUAACUUACACUGAUGACCAAUUUCUUCACAGCUACCGAUCACCUGACUCAACAACAGAAGACGCAAAGAUAUCUAGAACUGAUGAGGAGGAGGAAGUCAACUCUCUCAUCACUAUGGAGGCAGAUGGACCCAAUGACCAGUCACAGUGCACAAUACAGAAGCUAUGAAAUCAUGCAAUAAAAUACAGAACCUGAAUAAGACAUCAAAUUUGAAAAUAAAAUCCUCAAAAGUUCUUGGUGAAUUUGUACACGGGGUUGGAUAUCCAAUGAGACAUGGGCAAUUGCUUAAACAGCUGAAGGAAGAAGUAAAAAGUAGUA